UAGCGGAGACACUGGUUUGUGGUCUUAACUGUUAAAUCUUGGUUAAAUCCUUUCUGUUUUUGUGUGAUAUAAAUAAAAUAAAUAAAUGAAUAAUGACAAUUCCUUUGCAAAAAAAACACGUGUCUCUUACGAGCAGCGGGAAAAAAUGUUGGAAUUUAUGGUGGCGCAUCCUGAUUUUGCCAGACAUCGGGUGACAGGCGCGGAUGCUGCCCGCGAAAAAAUAAAACUGCAGGCUGAACUAGCCUCUCUCUUAAACAGUUGUGCCACAGGAGCAUAUAAAAGCGCAGAUAAAUGGAUAAAGUGUUGGCAGGACUGGCGCAGCGAUGUCAAGGCUAAAGUAGCCAAAAUCCGCCGUGCGCAGCAGCAGAAUGGCGGAGGCCCUAGACCUGCACCACUAUCUGCCAUGGAGGAAUCUCUAAUGGCGUUUAUUGGCUACGAAGCGGCAGAAGGCAUUGCCGUUGCCGAUACCUUAGAGAUUCCCGAAAGUAAUAUAGAAGAUAGUGAUGAAGGCACUGAACACAUUCCGGGUGUGGAAAAUACAAGAACAACAAAAACACAACAUAGACUUGAAGAGUGCUUAGAAACUCAAGCUGCGGCCAAGGUCCAACUCUCACAGUCAUUGAACAAUUUGGCAGCAGCCAUAAACAAUUUGGCUGCAGCCCUCAACUCCAUGGCCAUUACAACUAAUAAAGUUUAAUCUAAGAUUUAUCAAAAAUAUUAUUUACCUUAAAGCCAGCAAAUACUGCCUUCACCAUUAAGGUUGAUUAUCAACUUUUGUAGUGACUAAACCUCCAUAUAAAGGAAUUGUGUGUAGCACCUGGAUAUCGUGCGAACAUAUUUAAUAUUUUUAAGGAACUGUCACAAACCUAUAAAAAGCGAAUUAAAUUAGUAAAGAUUUAUCACUUGCAUUAAUAUACAGAAGUCAUAAUAAUCUUAUUAAAAAAAAGUCCAUAACAGAUUGUCCUGAAAUUUUGUAAGGCAUGUGUACUUAAAUAUAAAUGGCAUGGUCCUGAGGGAUCAACAAAACAGAAUAGUCAUGUGUGAAAUCUAAUGUAUUUACCAUUUCUGCAUUAAGGGUGUGUUCACCUUUUCUGUUUACAUAGAGUUCUUAAUGUUGUAUUGGCUUCUUAAGUUGUAUAUGAGUGCCAUCAAUAUAGCCCAAUACUCCAGGAAUACCAAGUUUUUGGUAUAUUCUGCAAAUUAAAAUUAGACUGUGAUUGUGAUCUUUUUAGACAUUCAAAGGAUAAAACUAUCUGUCUAGAUAAUUAAGUACCUCCUUAGAAGUUAAUUGUUAUUUUUUUAUUUGUAGGUAUUUUGCUAUUUAAUUAAUGUUGAUUUCUUUUAAGUACCUACAUAUCGUUUGUUGACUGUUUAAUGUCAAGACUGAAAAAUUAUUUAUAAUAUAUAAGUAGUAGAAUAAGUAAAUGUGCAUAGUUAUAUUUUUAAAAUUUUAAUACGUUGUAAUUUUUAUUGAAAUAUUACAAUAAUAAAUCAUUUAUGUAAUA